GGCCGAUAUAGCCGACCGUUCACAGAGUGGGAGCCGGAAAGGUGCAGCUGCAGUGGCUCUGAUCCGCUCGGAAGCGAGAGAGCCCAGCGCUUCGGGUCAAGGAGCGGGAAACAGUCUGGGUCAAAGGAACAGUGCUGAGCGCGAGCAAAAAACAAGAUAAUGACGGCCCGCCUCAAGGCCGAACUGGAAUUAGCCUGGAACGCGACGAGCGAGGCCGAAGCCCUCGCCGAGGCGCGCGCGUACGCGUUAGCGGCCGCCGAGAAACGCAUCCACAUCCUGGAGGGCGGCUUAGCCGAAGCGCGGGAUGAUCGAGAGACGCUCGAGGCCACGGCGCGAGACGUGCUCCAGCUCAAAAGAGCCCUAGAAGACGAACGGCGUCAGCAGACGGUCUUCGCCCGACGGGCGGGCGAGGCCGCAGCCCACUCGGACGCCGAAUUAAGAGCGGCCGCCGAGAGAGUCGCCGCGGCGCGCGACGACGCCGCGGCCUGGCGCGCGACGUCGGAAGCUUUGAGGGAGCGCUUUGAUAAAGCGAGGAAGGCGGCGCGCACCUACAAGCGGGAAUUGCACGCCGCGCGCGGGCUGGGCUCGCCCCAGUCUGUUGGCACGAACGGCUUCGACAAUAAUGGUCACGACGUGGCUGCUUUAGAAGCCUCUCUGGUGGAAACGCGGCGUCAUAGAGAUGAAAGUCUGGCCGACGCGGCGCGGGAACGGGCGGCCCUACAGUUGGAGCUGCAGCGCCAGAAGGAAGAAGUGACAGAGGCUAGGAGGCGGGUACGGGAAGCAGAAAGGGCGCGCGACGCCGGCGCCGACGCGAGCGGCGGCCUCGUGUCCCGCCUGGACGACGCGGAAAGAACAGUGAAGGACCUCCAGCAAAAAUUAAAUGCCGCGCGGAAUGACAACGACGCGUUGCGGUCGCAAAAGGAGUCAAAUGAGGAUUUGCAGAGGGAGCGCGAGCGGGAUACGACGCUAUUACGUUCCAGAGCGGACACUGCUGAACAGCGCUGCCGCGACCUGGACUCUAGGUUGAGAACCGUCGCGGACGAGCGAGACCGGCAGCGCCAGCGCGCGGACGAAUUUGAGGCUGACUUAGCGGGCAGAGGGUCGCGCGACGGCGAGGUCAAUGCACUAAAAAGGGAGCUCGAAAGUGCGCGACGGGACGCGCAGCGGCGUAGGGAUGACGACGCGUUGCGAAGCACGCAGCUCACUAAAAUAGAAACAGACCGUCUGGAGGCCAAGUGCAAAGCUCUGGAAGCGGACGUCGAUUCUCAAAGGAAGCGCGCCGACGCGGCCCAGAUUGAACUAGAGCGCCUGGCGACGCGGCCCCGGCCGAGUCUCUCGCGGGACAUGCAAACCCUCAAACUCGAAGACGACCUCGAGACAAGUAGAAGGGACGCCAUUCAAGCACAAGAAAUGUUGCGUUCAGAAAAGGGCGCCUUCCGACCUCGAGCAACGCUUGAGGCAAGCAGAAAGAGCUUUACAUAGAGCUACGGAUGCCGCUCUGGAGCGGAGCGGCCAGGCCUAUGAUAGAGUAGCGUCCCAAGAGGAACUAAGGGAUUUGAGGGAUGAGGUCAAGCGAAGACGGUCGUCGGGAGUGGUAGGGGAGGCCGAGGAGGUCCAAGCUCUGAGGCAAGACUUAGAUGACUUGCGGCAGCAGAAUAGGGUCGCCUUGACCGACGCCGCGGCAAGGGAGGAGGCUUUAGCGGCUACGAUCAAAGAAAAUGAGCUGUCGAAGAAGGAGUCUGAAGUUGAAAUAGAUCGGUUGAGAAGUGAUGUCGAGGCCUUGCGGCAGCAGGCUCGUUCAUUGAGGGAUGCGUCGGCGGCGCGAGCGGCUGAUAAGGAGCGCCACAUCAAUGAAACGGUCGAAAGGGAACAGCACCUUAAAAAACUAGAGGGCGAAAUCGGACGGUUGCGCGUCGCGGCGGCGGACCGCGCCGCGCUGGAGGUCGAGGUCCAGCGGCUGCGCGGCGAGCACGCUUCGUUACUUAAAGAGAGAUCUUCGAAGGAAAGCGAAUCUAAUGAUAGAGCAUUAUCCGCGGAGCUCGCGGCCAAAGAGCUCGAGGUCGAGGUCGAUCGACUCAGAGCCGCGGCGGCGUCUGUCGAAGACUUGGAGGCUAGGACCGAGCAUUUGCAGCGCGAGCUGGCCCAGCGGAAGGCGACAGAGAGAGAUCUGAGUAGGGAAGUAGAACGGCUACGAGACGAGGCUCGAGGUGUUGAUAGAGACGAGAGCGCUCGAUUGAGAAGGGAGGCGACGGAACGGAUCCAAGCGGAACGAGACUUAGCAAGGAAGAACGACGACCUCGAGCAGGAGGCGUUGCGGCUGCGGCGGGCCGUCGACGACGCGCGCGAUGCCGAAAGGGAGGCGCGCGCCGAGGCGGAUGAUCUGCGGCGGGGCACGUCCGACGACUCGCGCAUGCUGAAAGAGGCAAGGGAGAAGGCCCGCAAGGCGCAGGACCUGACCCACGAGUUGAGCACGGAGCGGGAUUCGCUCGUGGCCAAACUAGCGAACGCCACGGCGGAGGCGUCGCGCGAGGCUAGGAGGCGGGACGACCGAGAACGGCAGCUCGUCUCCGAGCUCGACGCGGGCGGUGGGUUGCGGGAGGAAGUGGAGCGGCUGCGGGCGUCGGAGGCUAGAUUAAGGAGGGAAUUGGACGCGGCGCCGUCCUCAGAUGAUUCCAACGGUCCUACGAAGCGACGGCUUUCUCAGUUGGAAAGGGAGCUUCAAUCGAAGAGCGAUGAGUUGAAGCGCCUCAAGGCGAUAGAGUUCGGGUCCGGCGAAGUGGCCGCUCUCAGGAAAAGGUUGGAAGAGGAAACGCAACGCGCGGACCAGGCCGAUGCGGACGCGGUGACGUUGGCUGAUCAGCUAGCUCAAGCUGGUGGCGACGCGGAUCUGAGAGAUAGAUUACGGGUGGCCGAAGACCGGGCCGACGCGGCGGAACGUAGAGCCCAGGACUUGACGGCGCGGGAGCGCAAGCUGGAUGCCCUGCGGGCGUCCGUGAAUAGUAGGCGGGGCGAGGUCGACACCGACACGGUCGAGCGCGUGAAGCAGCAGGAGCGCGAGCUGGCCGCGGCGAACCACGAGAUCGAGGACCUCAAGGACGCGCUCUGCGAGGCAAAGAUGGCUGUCGCGACGUCUGCCGCCGAGAUCGAGGACCUCCGCAUGUCGGCUCGGCAGCAGCGCGUCUCGACGGCCGACCUGGCGCGGUCCGCGUCGCCGACGCAGGCGCCCGCUGAAGCGCCGCCGAAGCCGAAGGGUUCGUGGUUUUCCUCCUCCAAGAAGAGCCACCCGAUGAAAUAAGUGACAACAUGUGAUAGAC